AUGUUCUCGACCACCUUCUCAACCGCGAGCAGCCCAGCGCCAAGGAUCUAUGCAACCGCUGAAGAGGCAGAGGCAGCUGCGGCAAACGAGCGGCGUCAAGCCCCAGCAUCCAGGAAGAAGGACGACUACGAGACAGUCCAGAGCAGGCAGCGCGCGGAGAUGAUUUUGGGACAGUACGAUCUACUGAUCAAGUACGCAGUGGAGAACGGGGUUGUAAGUUGCCCUCUGAGUCCUGGAAUCCGCUGGAUCGUCGUGGCACUAAGACGCGCAUCGCUAGUCGAUACCGCAGACGAGGGCUUAUUUUCGGAAGGUAUCGUUGGGCAUUGA